UAUCUCUUUCUCUGUGACUCUCACUGGCUCCCACCCACCUCCACAUGUGUUUGGGUCAUCCUGUGGCCACCGCCUGCCUCUUGGGUGUCCCCGUGUGUACAUUUUGCCUCUUUCUCCUUCUUUCCCUGCAGGUAUGGACCCCCGUCCCCCUCCACCAGCCCCAGGUGCCUCUCCUCGGGGUCGGGGCCGGGGCCGAGGCCGGGGCCGGGGCCGGGGCCGGGGCCGAGGCGGCGGCGCCGCUCCCAGGGCCCCGCUGCCCUGUCCUACCUGUGGCCGCCUCUUCCGAUUCCCCUACUACCUGUCCCGCCACCGGCUGAGCCACUCGGGCCUGCGCCCCCACGCCUGCCCCCUGUGCCCCAAGGCCUUCCGCCGGCCGGCCCACCUGGCGCGGCACCUGCGGGGGCACGGGCCUCAGCCCCCUCUGCGCUGUGCGGCCUGCCCGCGCACCUUCCCGGAGCCGGCCCAGCUGCAGCUUCACCUGGCCCAGGAGCAUGGCGGCAGCGGGGAGCCCGUGGGGACGGAGGCUCCGGGGGGCCGGGAGCCUGUGGCCGAGCCGGCCCCCGCCACGGGGCCCCCCGAGGAUGCCCAGGAAGAAGCAGCCGAGUUGGCGCGGGCGGCGGCCGGCCGUGGGGAGGAAAAGGAGGUCCUGCUUCAGGCUGACUGGACCCUGCUGUGCCUCCGCUGCCGGGAGGCCUUCCCCACCAAGGGGGAGCUGAAGGCUCACCCGUGCCUACGGAGCUCGGGGGGCCGGGCGGGCCCCGACGGGGAGCCGGGACCCCCUCCGCGGCCCAAACGCCAUCAGUGCUCCGUGUGUCUCAAGGCCUUUGCCAGGCCCUGGUCGCUGUCCCGGCACCGGCUCGUCCACUCCCCGGACCGGCCCUUCGCCUGCCCGGACUGCGGCCUGGCCUUCCGCCUGGCCUCCUACCUCCGGCAGCACCGCCGGGUGCACGGCGCCCUGAGCCUGCUGGCGCCCGCCCCGGCCCCUGCCCGGCCCGACAAGGAGGAGAGAGGCGUGGGCGGCACCUCCAAGGGCUGGAACUUUGGCAAGGGGGCAGAAGCGCAGGGGCAGAACGGGGAGGACGGGGGCGGCCUCGAAGGAGAGCGGGCGUCCGGCCCUGGGCAAAAGGACGAGCCCGCGCCCCCCCCGCCCCCGCCCGUGGAGCCCCGCUUCCGGUGCCCAGAGUGCGGCAAAGGCUUCCGUCGGCGGGCCCACCUCCGCCAGCACGGCGUCACCCACUCGGGAGCCCGGCCCUUCCAGUGUGUCCGCUGCCAGCGGGAAUUCAAGCGACUGGCAGACCUGGCCCGCCACGCCCAGGUGCACGCGGGGGGCCCCGCCCCGCACCCCUGCCCCCGAUGCCCCCGUCGCUUCUCCAGGGCCUAUAGCCUGUUGCGGCACCAGCGGUGUCACCGGGCCGAGAUGGAAGGGGCCAUGAGCAGGGCUCCGGCGCCCGAGGAGGACGUCCUCCCGGCUCCCGUGGAGACAGUCGAGGACCCCCCUUCGCCCCCCUCUCCCUCUCGGACCCCCCCACCGGCCCCCGCAUACCUCAGCGCCUCCUGCUUUGACAGUCAGGACCACUCAGCCUUUGACUUGGAGGAAGAGGAAGAGGGGGUCCCAGGGGGGGCAGGAAGGGUGCCCUCCUGACACUCAGAACCCCCCAACUUGUUUUUUGGCCACCCUGAUUCCCUCCGCCCCCUUUGAAGUUAGCCCUCCUCUUUAGGCUCCAGCAGCGGAAGAAAGAGCAGGUCGAGGUGGGGCGGGUCUCCCCGGGGAGCGGCCCCCCACCCCCCCACCGCAGGCUAGAGCCCCCUCCCCUCCCCGACCCGGAGGCUCCCCCCGCCAGCACCCAGAGGACAGGUUGGGGCCACGUUCCAGCUGAGCUGAUGAUGGGGCUCCUCCGCUUCCCGGGGGCCCGUCCCUGCUUGCUGGCCUCCUCGCCCUCCACCCACCCCGGCCCUUCCAGGAGAGUCGGGUGCGGGCUCGGGGGGUGUCUGUCCCCUGUUCCCAUGUCUGUCUAUGAAUAAACGCGACUGUGGAGCCCA